UCAAAAAGAAAUGUAACCAUCAUCACCACCACCCUAUCAUCUCUCUCCCUUUUCAUGUCCUUGAUUCAAUUCUUUUCCUUCUUUCAUCUUUGAUCUUACAGUAGUCCCCAUCUCAUGGGCCCACUCUAUUAUUCCCUGCACCACCACCUCCUCCUCCUCCUCCCCUUCCUGCUAUCCACCCUGCCCGUUACCCAAUCCGAGAUCAAAAACACUAAAAUCGUCGCCGACGCAAGGAACCUAAUCCUAUUCGAGCAGUUCGGGUACGUGCAUGGCGGCCAUGCAGUCGUCUCCAUCGAAGACGUCUCAUGGAAGCCGCCACCUCAUCGACAAAAAUCCGACGUCAACCCCACGUUCAUGGGCUUCUUCCUCAUCCGCCGGACGCUGUUCCCUGGCAUCAUGAACGAAUCCCUGUACACCGACCGCUUCUGCCCUCUCAUGAGCCACUUCGUCGUUCCGAUCCUCACAUUCGAAGACCUCGACGCCGGCUGGAGCUGCACCCGAUCAGUGGAGGUCCCGAAUCAAGAUGAGUACAGCCUGCUGUUCUGCAACUGCCAGCCGGACGUCGAGGUGACCAUGGACGUGAGGACCGAGAUGUACAACGUGGAAGGCGCCGGCGGCGACAAGGAUUACCUGCCGGCGGGGACGACGCAGCUGCCCAAGAUAUACUUCACCUUCUUCCUGGUGUACUCGGUGUUCUUCAUGGUGUGGGUCUUCAUCUGCGUCAAGAAGCGUGCGACGGUGGACAAGAUUCACUUGGUGAUGGGGGCGUUGCUGCUGUUCAAGGGGCUCAAGCUGGUGUGCGCUGCGGAGGAUACGUGGUACGUGAAGAGGACCGGGACGCCGCAUGGGUGGGACGUGGCCUUCUACGUGUUUGGGUUCUUCAAGGGGAUUUUAUUGUUUACUGUGAUCGUCCUUAUAGGGACUGGUUGGUCGUUCUUGAAGCCAUACCUACAGGAGCGUGAGAAGAAUGUUUUGAUGAUCGUGAUACCAUUGCAAGUGAUCGAGAACAUCGCAUCAGUGGUGAUCGGAGAGACAGGGCCUGCCAAUGUCGAGUGGAUUACAUGGAACCAAAUCUUCCUGCUGGUGGAUGUAGUCUGCUGCUGUGCUGUGUUCUUCCCCAUCGUAUGGUCCAUUCGAAGCCUCCGGGAUGCUUCGAAGACUGAUGGAAAGGCGGCACGGAACCUACAGAAGCUGACCCUCUUCAAGCAGUUCUACAUGGUGGUGGUUUGCUAUCUAUACUUCACCAGGAUUGUGGUCUCUGUAUUUGGCUCCCUGCUCGGUUAUCAGUACCAAUGGGGGGUCAUGGUGGCAGAGGAGGGUGCAAGCCUAGCGUUCUAUCUGUUUGUGUUCCAUAACUUCCGGCCGGUUGAGAGGAACCCAUACCUCUACAUAGGUGAUGAGGAGGAGGAGGCAGCUGCUGGAAUACUGGAGAUGGAAGAACAAUUUGAGCUUUGAAUUCAUUGCAGCGGCAUAUGGAAGCCUUUGCUUAUACAGAAGUUUGGCUGAAAGGCUAUCAGUGAAUGAAAUUUAUGUAUCUCACUAAUAUUGAGACAACUCUAUGCCUAGGGCCACCACAUGGGAAUUGCUCAUAUCCAAGAAGUAUCAGUGACAACCAAAAUUGGUAUCUAAUUGGGAAAUCGUUUGAUCCUGUUUCAUUCUAAAUGCAAGCUGAUUUUAAUUUGUACUAGUCA